AUGGUGCGUCUUGCAGCAUGGGUGUGCUCUAUCGUCGGGGCUCUACUGGGAUCGUACAUGGUCGAAGCUGAGACGUUAUUUGGCCUUAGUGGUGGGUAUUCCUCGAUCAUGCAACCGUACGAAGUGACAUGCACGACGGGGAUCUGUGGGACUCUAAAUGUCGUGCUCUCCAUCACCCGAACGCCCUCUGCAGCGAUGGUUAACCUCGACACUGUCAUGGUGUCGACUCGUCCAUACAUCAUUUCCUCGCUCUCUGCAAAUGCCACCAUAGAUUACACUCCGCUGUCAAACUAUCUUGUCGUGUUCAACCCUGGUGACAGCAUCAAGACGAUUACCGUUGCCGUCCUCACAUCCGGUGUGUAUGCCCAAACGUCCUACUUUGAAGUGUACUUGAGUACACCCUCCGCGGGUACGUCCAUCGAUUCGGCGCGUGCGAACUCGUUUGUGGCCAUUCUUGGAUCUGUUGGUUCAUUUUCCUUUGCAAGCAACAACUUCACGUUCUUGGAGACCGAAGGGACUGUUCAAAUCCCAAUUGUUCGAACCGGGGGUGUUUCCGGGGCUGUGACGUUGCAAUACGUUCUGGAGGACCCAGAGCUGACGACGGCGAUUAUGGGAACCAACUUUGUACUUGACAGUCCUGUCGUUGAAUUUGCCGACGGGCAAACAAUGGCCAACUUGACUGUCAACAUCGUCCAUACACCGGCGUACGAGUACUAUAGCAUGUUCUUUGUGCUCGAGUUGAUGCCUCCCGCCGAUCGGGGACAGCUCGGUAAUGUCUCCUUGUCUCGAAUUAUCAUUGCGGAUGCGGGGGAUGCCGGAAUCUUUGAAUUCUCAACUCCGUCCAUCAUUUGCCGCGAAGACAACGGAACGGCCACCGUUUGGAUCAAUCGUACUGUGGGCAUGUCGACGUCGGCGGUGGCCCCAGUCACGCUGACGGUGGAAACAGUUGCGGGCGGCAAUGCAACUGAAGGAAGCAGCCGGGCAUACGACUACCAACACGCGAGUCAAAUCAUGAGUUGGGCAGACGGCGAGACAGCCAAGAGCUUCAGCGUGACGAUUUUCAACAAUGCAGACUACGAACCAAAGCUCAAAAGUGUUUGGAUCCAGCUCACGGCUGUGUCAGGCGGGGCCAUGAUCGCCGCCUCUCGCAACAUGACCGUCGUGUAUAUCGUCGAUGAUCGCGAUGCCGGUACUCUGAGCUUCACUACAUCCAACUAUUCUGUGUCCGAAGACGCGGCGACCGUGACUCUGUCGUUGCUGCGCACAGGAGCGUUCGACCCUGACGGCAUCAAUACGUACACGAGCGGCAGCGUCACCGUCGACGUAUUGACGUACAGUGGCGUAGUCAUGCCCGGCUUGUCGCUCACCGAGGACGGGUUCGACUACGGCGUUGUGACGGACCUGCGAUGCACCCACGUGAGUCCGUGCACGGCAGUGGCAGGCCAGCACUACACGGCCAUGCCCGUGACUACGUUGACGUUUGCAAGUGGCGAGGCGUCCAAGUCCAUCAACAUUCCGAUCCACAACAACGACCUCUACGAAGCGCCAAAUCGCGUGUUUAAAGUUCUGUUGCGCAAUGUCCAAGGUGGUGCACACAUUGGUCUGGACUACGAGCACCCCGCAGAAUGGAAUCCGAGUUUGCUAGAAUUGGAUCGCAUGCCACAGCUCGUGCCAAACUUUAUCAGCGCCAUUGUAACGAUAGAAGACGAUGGCGACCCCGCCGUUCUCAUCACGAAAGCCAGUCUGUCCACGUCCGAGCUUGGCCAAACUGACACGUACUCGAUCAAGCUGAAUUCGAUCCCCACUUCCCCCGUCGCCGUCUCCCUCAGCGUACACAACCCCCAAGUAACAGUGUCGUCCUCGCAAGUCGUUUUCACACCUUCCAACUGGAACGUACCCCAAAGCAUUUGCGUCUCGGCAACUGAUGACAGCGUUGCCCAAAGCAUCCACGUCGUGCACGUCACCCACGCCACGGCAAGUACAGACCCUCGGUACAACGGCGGGGUGCGUCAAACAUUAGCCGACUCGGGGGUCGUGUAUGGUCGCAAGGUGUACACGGAGACGCUUGGAGAUUACGAGCAAGGCAACGACCAACAUGCAUUUGAGUGGGAUGCUUCGGAAUUUGGAGUCCUAUCUGCCCCCGCGUCGCCCAUCCUGAACGUAUUUGUGCUCGACAACGAUUUUGCGUCAAUUCUGGUCAUUCCUGAGCAGAAUCGCCACACGACAAUGGGGCCAUCCAACUUUGUCUGCGCCAGGAAGAACGGUCACGUAGCGGCUGUGACCCUCGCGUUGUCGAGCAAACCGGCAGCAACUGUGACAUUGUCGCUCGUACCCACGAGUCCGGAUGUUGAGGUGACCCCCCUCACUGUGACGCUGACCCCAGGGACGUGGCGCUCGGGUGUUGUUGUCGCGGUCACAUAUUCUGGCUCGGUGAUGACCACAAGCCGAGUCGACAUAUCGAGCGCAAGUGCAGACUCGUUCUAUGCUGCCAAGACGUCAUCGUUCUUCGUCGAGGGCUUUCCAGGUGCAGGCGUCGUCCUGAACAAAGCGACGGAAACGUAUCAUGAAAAUGGAACGGAUGCGUUCGUGGAUUACGAUGUGACGAUCGUCGCCGAGCCCAUGCACUGGGAAGUCGGAAAUGCCUCCGCCGCCGUUCCGUACACGCACAACGUUGGUCCAGUACAUGACGUCAGCGCCGUCAAGUCAUCCGCAACAAUAUCGUUGGUCAAUGGCCCAGUCCUGUUUGCUGCCACCAACAGUUCCGAAAGUACAACUUCGUCCAGUGUGCAAAAAGUGGCGUUUUUGCGAUUUCCCCGUGGGCGUGACGUGGUUGACCGCACGGGAAGUCCUCGCGUGGGCCUGGCACUGCUGCGACUGUAUCGUCUGGGUGGGGGCGACAACCGUGGCCUUGGAGGUGUCCAAGUCGGCGUCUUUCGUCCCCCCACUCCGUCUGCGUGGAACGAAACGUCUUGUGAUGCGGAAUGCGUUGCCACUCUCCUCCCCGCGACAAACCCGUUUGGCUUUGUCCUUCCGACCGCGCUUUCUGGAACAAGCAACAUCGUGCCCGAGGGCUUGUUCAAUGCGUCCCAAAAUACUUACGUCACAUCCCCGGGGUGGGUCGACAUUGAUGUGACUGCCGCGUGGAACACGAACGCUACCGACCUCACAGACAUCACUUUUGCCGUGCUGGCGCUCCGCAACACGCCAUUUAUCUACGACAACGUGGACGAGAUGGAAUUUGCCUCCAGCGACCACCCAAACGAAUCGUUGAGACCGUACGUUCAACUCACUGCCUCCGGUUUCGUGAAUGUCGCGCGAAGUGGAGCAGCGUCGCAGAGCUCUGGGAGUGUCAAUGCUUCCCAAGUUCUCGACGUUGGCUCAACUCUCUUGGAGCGGGAUGCGUGGUGGAUGGUCCACUGGAAGGACGUUCGCUUUAUUGAGUCGAUCGUCCUCAGCGCGGUUGUUCCAGUACCGCAAUCGUCGACCAUUUCGCUAUCUUUGGUCCACGAUGGCACCUCCGUCGCAAACACAUCGAUGUCUCUUGUGACAACGAGCCCCUUCGAGCCCGUUCAAUGGACAUGGCAUGUUCAUGGCCAACGCGGUGCCGUCGAUCCGUUUUCAUCAUUUCUUCCCAACCUCACAGCCCCGGUCGAAGCCACGACGUUUCGUAUCGACUCUCACGCUUCCUCUUUGACACUGUUGUCAGUUCAGGUGUUUCAAAUCCCGAUGGCAGCCUCCAGAGUCGUCAUCGGGGGCUACCUCCCUUCCCCCAGCACCCUUCUUCCUGGUCUGAACGAGCUGCACAUGACUGCAGACGACCCGAUCGUCGCCGACCACCGCCCGUGCACAUCAUCCGACAUUUGCCGCAACGAGCUACUCUUUACGUCGGGACAGUGGCAGGAUCCACAAACCGUCCAUGUCUCCGUGCUCAACAACGACGUUGCCACAGGACCGCGAGUCGUGGGAAUCUCCCACAUGUCGUUGAGCAGCGACGUGGACUACGAUAGCCCCCAAGUAGGUUUCUGUACCACAAGUGCGUGCACGUCAUCGUUGCAGACGACGUUAUCGCUCUCCAUUCUCGACGACGACAAAGCUGGAGUUGUUGUUUCUACAGCUAGCGUUCAGUUGAUCGAAGGCGCGUCGGUGUUUCCCGGAGCUCCGGUCCCGAUUACCAUCGAGCAGUGGCAUGUGUCGAAUGGCACGAUCUGUAGCUGGAAUGCGCAGACCCGAGAGAGCACGUCGUGCAGAGGCGUUUUCAGCGGAGCUCCUUUUACGGUUUGUCUCGCGCCGUCGUCCCCGUUGUUCUCGAAUGGAUCGGCAUGGAUAUUCUUGCCGCUGGAGCAACCGCAGCCCACGUUCCAGUUGCGAGAAGUGCGCCUCGAACUGCUGUCGGGUUCUGUCCGAGUACCCAAGACGGUGAGCCUGUGGACAAGCGGCACGUCAACUCGCGAUGUGUCGAUGUGGACGCUGUUGGCCCGCCAAGCGAUCCCGUUUGGAAAAACGUCCAUUCGGUUUGCAGAUUUUGCCACCGUGGUCUUGCCUUUCCUUGCUGUACACAUCGAAGCGUCAUAUGACGUGGCGACCAACUGCACCGACAUAUCGUCGAUUCAACUGUGGGGCGAUGUCCGCCGCCGCGAUGUCUCUGCGGUGUACGAAACCCGCCUCUCCAAGACACACCAAAAUGGAGAAAGCGCGUCCAUCGCAGUGCGAUUGCUGAGCGAGCCCCUUGCCGAAGUGAUCGUGUUCCCGAUCACAACGUCGCCCGACCUCGUCGAGUAUGACAGUCGAAACCUGUCUCAAAACGCUGCCUCCCUUCGACAAGUCGUGGGCAAUGUCUACAGCUACGCUUCGUACAGCGCGAUUCUUCCCACCGCGUUGCACUUUAACGCCUCGACUUGGAACGUAACACAGUACCUUGUCCUCGCUGCCGUCGACGACAAUGUCCACGUUGGGAAUCGCACGAGUGCGUGCAUCUACACAACGUCGAGCGCCGACGCCACGGCUUCGUUCCAACAGUCCACAGUGUCUUUGUCAGUCUCGAUCCUUGACACGUCUGCGCUCCCCCUAGCACAUCAGUACAACUCGACGUCGUUUGUCGUAUCUGACUCAAUUGCACGCGAUCCGUCCUGGCCAUAUCACGUCAUCUCAUCACAAACGUCGCAGGGGUCUAUCGUCGUAACAGCGGCGAUUACCGAAGACGACAUGCCCGGGAUCACGGUCACGCCGUCGCCACUCGAAGUGGUCGAAAACAGCGCGCAACCGUUCAACUUUUCCGUCGUGUUGGACUCGCAACCCACGGCCACGUUAACCCUCGAGAUGUCGGUCGGGUUGUUGCUUCCGUCGGCCCAAGCGAACCUGGUGUCGCUGCAGCCAACGUCGCUGACGUUCUCCCCUGCUACGUGGUAUGUUCGCCAAUACGUGUACGUGUCGGUGCCGUACAAGGCCGGCUUCGAAGGCAACGAAUCGUCAACUGUGCGCUACGCCCCGACUGUGCCAAAGAAACAGUCGGAGUUGAUCGUCGAGUUCACCGCGACAACCGGAGACGUCACGUACCACGGACUCCAUGUUGGCACGAACGAUCGGAUGUCCGUGGCGUGCCGUGCCAACGGGAUCCCGCUCAUUGUCGACGACAUUGACACGGGCUGCAAAGAAGGGUUCGAAUACACGUGCGCCAACGACCAGCCGUGCGCACGAAGCCCCGUGUUUGGAGAUCGAUGCAACUGUUCGAACAUAUACGGCAUGCGCGAUUGCGCUGGAGUAUGUGCAAGCGACUCGGAAUGCUCGUUCAGUCGACUUGAUAUCGUCGUGUCGUGCCUGCUGCCGUCCACUUUUCCUGGCGCCUCUCUCGCGGCGUGUACGGCUCCUGCAUCGUUUGUUCCGUUCAACUUUGUCACCGCCGUGCAUUCGAUCCUUGUGUCGCUCGAAUUCACGGCCACGGACGGGACGACGUACGCCAAGAUGGCUUCCCGCACUGGGUUUGACACCAGUCUGUACAUUGUUCGGGCCGACCCGAUUCUCCACCCGGAAUCUGGUGUUCCGUCGAUGCUGGUCACUGUGGAUGUGGCGGAUGCAGGGCCGACCUUUGUGGCCGCCGCCAAGUUGCAAGCACUGUUCAAGGACGGAUUCAUGGCUCAAGCUCCGCUAUUCGUCACAUCGCUCCAUCGCGUGGCUGUGAUGCCGCGCACUGCGAGCGCGUCGAUUGUGUUGUGGGUAUUUGUCGGGCUCAUGUCGGUCGGUGUCGUGGCAGGGGCAGCGUUCAUCGUUCGCCAACGCAACGUGAAGCUGCCCCAUCCGCUCAUGGUGGCUCCACAAGACGGGCACGACCCGCGGGACCUCAUCCAUGACACGAUGCCCCUGACAAGGUGA